AUGGUCGUCGACCUUGGAAUCGUCAAUUUUGAGAAUGAUUGGGCCACUCUCUGCAUGGGAACUGGCGAGACAUAUGAGGUAGUCGGCUCUUAUGCAGUGAGAGAUAGUUCAGCGUCUCACCAUAUCGCGGUCCUUCUAAUGGACGGAACCGGCGUGGCAUCCGCGGUCAAAACAGCGGCAGAGUGA